AUGCUGCACAAGUCUUAUUUCGGAGUAUAUUUCAAACAAUAUGAAAGUACAAAUCAGAUUCCAAAACCAGAUGGGUAUCAACCUGGUAUCUUUCAUUCGCUCGAUAUUGGAGGAUCAAUAAAAGGCGAAUACACAGGUCUAAAAUACUACCAAUUUAAUAUUCCUAACCUUGGAGAAUUCACCGAAGUAGCUUUAGCACCACCAGGUAUCUAUUUUAGCAGCCUAAUAGAAAAAAGUUAUUUAUUGUAUCUUUCAGACACACAAGGACUUAAGGAUAAUGGAACAGAUAUAUCGAAUUUUGUUUUUGUAGGGACUGGAAAAGGACUCACAUAUGAUGGUCCGAAUAAAACAAUUGAAAUAGUUUCUUUUGCUGCAGAUGGAUGCAGAUAUCUUUCAAUUUUAUACAAUGCUGGUGGAUAUAGUUAUUGGUCAAGAACUAAUAUUCCAUCAUCUUCAUUUUGUUUGAUCUCAUUCCAACACUUUUCUCAUACAAUUACAGUUUCAACUGAUGAUGGAAAUGUAUAUCCGACACAAAGAUUUAAUUCACGUAAUAAAUAUGAGAAUAGAUAUUAUGGAGAAACAUCAUACACAACAGAAUAUGUAAUAGAUAACAAUAUUUUAUGGAGGGGAUAUGAUCCUAAAAAAUAUAAAAUCGGUGUUAUUUCUGUUAAUACUGAAAAAGUCACUUCAGAAACUCCCAAAAUUUUUAGCGUUCCUGAAUUACCUCCUUUGGUUGAAACUGGAUCAUGUAUUGGAUGCACGCCAACUAUACUCCAAUCUGAUGAUGUUUACACAGCAAAUACUGAUAAAGUAUACUUGGAUAUAAGCACUAGCUCAAGAGUAUUUAUCAGUGAUACAAUGAGUUUUGUUCAUUUCAAUUGGUUUCAUCCGCUAAAAGUUAUCAGCAAAUUAGAAAAGCUUUAUUUGGAAUCAGCUGAUGGAAUGCCUCAUCCCAUAAAAAUUGUCUCCAAUCCUGGAAUUGUAUGGCAAAAUUCGAUUGAAAAACAAUUUAUUUUGAAAGAUAAACCAGUUUCACUUAUGUUUGAUGAAAGUGUGACACUUAAAAUUGAAAUAUAUGAGCCAGAUCUGCAAUCUUAUUCAAAUUUAGAAGUUAACAUCAAUGGAAAUCCCCAGAUAAUAGAACAAGGAUCAACAACACUUACUGAUGUUACAUUCUUUUCGAUGGUUCGAUCUAAUCAUCAUAUUUCAUUUACUGCCACUCCAAAUGAUCAAAACUCAUUUUAUAAUAUAUUGAGAAGAGGAUUGUAUGGCACUUCAGAAGGAAAUUAUUUUGCAAACGAUAAAAAUAUUUUCAAAUCUGAUCUUGGAUUCAAUUCCUUAUACAUUCCACCUGAUCAACAAGUAACAAUCAUCAGACCAGAAGCAGGAAAACUAUAUUAUCUUAUAUUAAACAAAGAAGAAUUUUUCGAUGAAAAUAAUCAAAAAAUUGAUUCCCAAAUUGAAAACUUAGAUCAUGAUAUUAUCAUUAAAUCUUCAGAUCAUGUUAGAGUAUUAGAAUUCGCAAUGAUUGAUAUUACAGAUGUACAACAAUAUAUUAUUAUUUAUAAUACAAUUAAUAAUAAUAUAACUAUUGAUCACCGAUCUUUCGAUUACAGUAUUACAAACCUUUCCAUUUUCUAUUUACAAGGUCCAUUUGAGAAAGAUUAUAUAAUGAUUAGUUCACUCGAUCCAGUAGAUUUACAGAAUUGCGGAUUUAGACUUAAAAAGAUUGUACUCAAUCCAUCAAUUCUUGAUAUUAGGUAUUAUCUUUGUAUUACUAAGGAAAAUAGUGAUGAACUUGGUUUUAUUCAGACUCAAUUAAGUGAAAAUAACAUGAUCACCGAAAAAGUUAUUACAAAUAUCGAGAAAGAUAUUUAUUAUUAUUCCUAUAAGUUGACGGUAAAAUAUGCACGAAAUAACACAUUAGAGAUUUAUAAAGAUUAUGAUACAGAUAUUCUUAUUAGUUCAAACAAUGAUACUGUUCCAGUCCUCAUAUAUGAUCAUGAUAAAUUUAUUGAUGAAACUGGAAAUAAAUUAUUAUCAACAUAUGCUGACAAGAAAGUAAUAACAAUAUCCAAGAAUUCACCAAUUUUUUUGGAAGACAGAUCCAAUUAUUUAAUAAAUAUAACAUGCUAUAAUGCAGUUCGUGAUGUUGAUUAUAUUGAUUUCAUUGAUUUAUCAGGUACUAAAAUUUAUUAUCUAAACAAGGAAUUAGAUUCUAAAAAACGGUCUGCAUAG